UUCAUUAUGCAUUUUUAUGCCCAAUUGUUGAUAGAUCAAUGCUUUGAGUGCAUUAAUUAGUAUUUAAUAUUUGAUGGUGAGGAUUUAAAGCACUUGCCGUGUAUGAUCCAUGAAUGAAUAAAGAAAAUGGAAACUGACAUUCAAUUACCUGCUGGCAUUUCAUUGAUACCUGCUGUUCGGAAACCAAUCAGAAGUGGAGACAAUGACUUCAAUAAAAAGAAUCCUAGUGGCGACAGCUCUUCAACCAAUACCGAUGCGUCCGUUGAGGAACUCCAACUUAGCCCAGUAAAAACUGUUCAGAAAAGAAAGCACAUUGCUGAUAUUAAGCCCAGUAAAAAAUACAAGAAUUCUACUAAUGAUGAAGAUUUCCAUGAUUCAUCUGAUGAGGACGAUGAGAGCGACUUUGAAGAAAACCAUGACAGAUUUUCAGAACAAGAGGGUUCGAAAGAAGUUCCACAAGAUAUUCCAGACAUCUUGGGAAAGUUUGGCAAUGUAUUGCAAGGAAAUAACGUAGUAUUGAGCAAGGAUGAUAGUGCAGUACUUAUUAAGAGUAGCGAGUUGGAUAUUAGCAAGACAGGUAGCAAGGACUUAUUGUCUGUUGGGGAGGACAGUGAUAAACUCAUCACUUCAGAAAAUGAAAAAAAUAAUGAUGAACUGGAAUUUGACAUCACUGAAAAAUUAAGGGAAAUGGGAGAAAUAAGUGUCAAGCCAGUUAAGAAAGGAUAUGGGGAACAAACUACUACGAAGAGGAAUGAUACUGAAGAUGAGGUUUCGGUUGAAAUUGCAACUAAGGAUGGAGAAGAUGAGGAGCAAUGCACAGCUGAGCGCAAAGUGGGAAAUCUUCGCAGAAAUAUUCGAGAAGUCAUGGAUGACCGAAACACCUCUUUAUUGAAACAAAACUCCAAUUACAGUGGACAAAAAGUGGGAAUUCCAGGCAAUGGAACUGUUCUUAUGAAAAUACCUAACAAAGGUGUACAAAGACAAGGUCUCAACUUAACUCCUUCUAUCAGUAUUGCUCCCGUUAAGUCUUCAACAAAGUCCACUGGAUAUCAAAGUUCUGACAGUGAACCAGAAGUUGAUGUCAAACCAAUUGUUUUUGAUCAUGAUAUUAAAAAACCUAAAAAAGAUAGUUCAUCUGAUGAUGAUUGUAUUAUCUUGUCUGAUGAUGAAGAACCAGAGGAAGAACCUGAAGAAGAUACUCAAAACUCAGGUCUUCAUGUUAAUGAUGCCUAUAACACUCCUGAUGAGCAAGGACGCGUUGUGAUUAAUAUUGGACACCCAGAGGGUGAUAGUGAUAUAUUUCUUGCGCCACAAAUAGCUCGUGUUAUAAAACCACAUCAGAUUGGUGGUGUUAGAUUUUUGUUUGACAACAUUAUAGAAUCAGUGGAACGUUUCAAUUCUUCAACUGGUUUUGGUUGUAUUCUUGCCCAUUCGAUGGGCUUAGGCAAAACUUUACAAUUAGUCUGCUUCUGUGAUAUAUUUCUUCGACAUACGUCUUCUAAAACAAUUUUAUGUAUUAUGCCUAUAAACACAUUACAAAAUUGGAUGGCUGAGUUCAAUAUGUGGCUACCUGUGGAUGCAGAGACGAGCCCUUUGCGGCUUCAUGGUGAGGUUCGAGCUAGAAAUUUUAACUUACACGUUCUGAAUGACAGUCACAAAACAUUAACUGCAAGAGCAAAAGUGAUCCAGGAUUGGACAAGGGAUGGCGGAGUUCUAUUAAUUGGUUAUGAAUUGUACCGUUUACUUAGUUUAAAAAAGAUGUGUAAGCCUAAGAAAAGGAGGGGAAAAAAUCAAGCAUCUCUUCCAGAAGAUCCAGAAGAUAUAGAAUCCAAUAAGAAAUUACUGGAUGAAAUGUUUGCAGCUCUUGUCAAACCAGGGCCUGAUUUAGUAAUUUGUGAUGAAGGUCAUAGAAUCAAAAAUUCGCAUGCUGGUAUAUCUAUGGCAUUAAAACAGAUUAGAUCAAAACGAAGAAUUGUCUUGACAGGGUAUCCACUACAAAACAAUUUGCAAGAAUAUUGGUGUAUGGUGGAUUUUGUGAGACCGAAUUAUUUGGGAACUAAGACAGAAUUUGCCAACAUGUUUGAAAGACCUAUUCAAAAUGGACAGUGUAUUGAUUCCACUCCGCAAGAUAUUAAAUUGAUGCGUUAUAGAGCACAUGUUUUGCAUUCUUUACUUCUGGGAUUUGUGCAAAGACGCUCACAUGCUGUGCUUCAAACGUCACUUCCUCAAAAGGAGGAAUAUGUAUUGAUGUUAAGAAUGACCCCAUUUCAAAGAAAAUUGUAUGAUACAUUCAUGAAUGAUGUUGUUCGUAAAAAAGCUGUUCCUAAUGCUUUGAAAGCAUUUGCUGUUUGUUGCAAGAUAUGGAACCACCCAGAUGUACUGUAUCAUUGGCUUCGGAAAAGGGAAGCUGAUCUAGAUCUAGAUCUAGAUGAUGGAAGUGCUGACACUGGACCAAAUACAGCAACCAAUCAAACUGUGUCUUCUGUAAAACCUAAAAAGGGAGGUGGAAGGGCACGUGCAGGAACAGCAAAAACCACCAAGAAAGACAAAAAACUGCAAAAGGGUGUUGUCGCUGAUCUUCCUGCAUUUUCGACGGAUGCUGUAGCCCAAGAUGCAAAACCUUCUGCUUCGAUUAUUCCAAACAGUAUUAACAAUAGUUCAAACCCGGAAAGCACAUCAGCUAACUCCAAUUCCAAGUUUUUCAUGCCCAAUUCUGAUAAUUCAGAUAAUGCUAUAUCUUUUUCAAACAUGGGAAAUGAAAGAAACAAUCAAACUUUUCCCCCGUCGCGACAAAUGGAAUCAGGAAAUUACUCUUAUCCAUAUGGAUAUGGAUCUCAAAAUAAUUAUUAUCCACCAAAAGAAGAAUACAGGACACCUCAAUAUUUACAAAACCAACCAUCUCAAUUUCCAAGUGGUGAUAAUUAUAAUGCUUUUCAAUCUCAGCAACCGAAUACAGAUGCAUAUAGUUCUAAUAAUAGUGGUCAAUAUUGGGGCCAAAAUUAUUACAUGAAUCAACAAAGCACAGAUUUCAAUUACCCAAGUAACUACUCAAAUAAUAUGUUUAACUAUGAUAAUAGAUACUCAGAAUUUGAUAAUAUAAAAACUGAUGACAAGAAUUGGAACAGUAUGAGAUUCGACAACAUUAAAACUGAGGAUAAUAAAACGUGGAAUUUGGAUAAACAGGAACAGAAUCAAGAAGUUGGCGACACAAACGAAAACUGUGAUACAAACAUGAAACUGGACAAAAAAAAUAUUUUAGAUCUGAAUUCUGACACAUCUGGUGUAAAAAGUGAAAAUCGUGUUAAUUCACUAGAAGAACCUAAUAUUAAAAUGCCUGAGGACAUAACAAUGGCUAAACCUAUAGAUGAGAAUUUUGACAAAACUCUUGAUGAUGUUGAUAUUCAAUCUCUUAAAAUUCCACCCAAAGACGAAGGUAUUCCUUAUGAUUGGGCAACGGAAUUGCUCAAAGGAUAUGUGGAUGGAGUUAUUUCAAAUUCAGCUAAAAUGGAAAUAUUUUUCUGUAUUUUGGAGGAGAGUAUUAAGCUUAAUGAUAGGAUAUUAGUUUUUAGCCAAAGUUUAUUCACACUCAAUUUAAUAGAAGAUUUUCUACAAAAGAAUGUUGUUACGGGGACUGAUACGAAAUGGGCCAAAAAUGUUAACUAUUAUAGACUCGAUGGUUCUACCAGUGCUCUAGAGAGGGAGAAGUUGAUUAAUGAGUUUAAUACAAACCCUCAUAUACAUAUGUUCCUUGUUUCCACGAGAGCUGGCAGUUUAGGUAUCAAUUUGGUUGGAGCCAACAGGGUAAUUGUAUUUGAUGCGAGUUGGAAUCCUUGUCAUGACACACAAGCUGUUUGCCGGGUGUACAGGUAUGGACAAAAAAAACCUUGCUUUGUGUACCGAUUAGUCAUGGAUAACUGUCUAGAGAGAAAGAUUUACGAUAGGCAAAUAAACAAGCAGGGUAUGGCCGACAGAGUUGUUGACGAAUGCAACCCUGACGCGCAUUUGUCAAUGAAAGAAGUCACUAAUUUAUGCUGGGAUGAUGAGCAAGACUCAGAGGUCUCGGACUUCUCACAUGCAAAGGACAAAUAUAUAGAUGUUGUGAUGCAAAAGGUAGUAGAAUCUUUCUCGCAUGCUCUAAAUAAAGAGCCAUUUCAACAUGAAAGUCUGUUAAUUGAUCGUAAAGAGAAGAAAUUGUCACAAGCUGAGAAAAGGCAAGCACAACGCGGUUAUGAAUUAGAAAAGCAAGCUUCGACUAGACCAGCCUACUCUUACAACACCGGAGGUGAUGGGGCUAUUGUGCACAGACCUGUUGCUUCGGUACGACCAAUGCAAGCGGAUAUGGCCAGACCCACGCGUUGGAUUCCUGCUGAAGUUUGGCAGAGGCAAGGAAUGACUGCCCAGGAAAUGACCUUGCCGUUAGAUGUUGUUAUACCCACAAGUUCAACAGAGAAAGCGAACAUUGUACUGAAAGCUGGACAAAAGGUUAUGGUACUGAAGUCUCCGAAAGGAAUUUAUAUGCAAUUGGAGUCGGGAAAAAUUAUUGCCAUCAAGACGGCUUUUAAAGUUGGCCAGAACAAUAAGUCGCGUGGUGAAGGACCUGCAGACUGUUUAUCUAAUUUAAACAAAAAAGCAAUGAUGCGUGGAAAUCCGUCGUCUAAGAUGCCAAACAGUAUGAUACCAGGCUUGUCUAGCAAUAUGAGAAAUAAUCCGAUGAUGCACAAUAGAAUGUCAUCUAAAAUGAACGCUGCUAGAAGCAGUGCCAUGCCGAUGGCAAAUAUGAAAGAGAACUCCAGAUUUAACUCACAAAGUGCUAAAAUUGGUGGAGUUAUGAGAAAAAAUAUCCAAUUCGCUUCUGCAAAACCGUACAAUGUUCAGAGAAAUAAGCCUAACUUAAGUGGCAGCAAACAUGCCGAAUCUUAUGUCCCGCCGAAAAUGUCUAGUACACCUACAGGUAUUAAAAUUGAUGAUACAGAGAAAAUUGAAGCAAAAAGUGACAAAGAGAUUUCAAAGCCACAUAGUAUAUUCGGUGAUGAGGAGAAGAGUAAAGAAUCUGGGAACGACAUGUUGGAUUCUAUAAAAGAACUAAAUACUAAAGAAACAUCUCUUGACUGCAACGAUACCAAAUCUAACGAGUUUAAUAGCACAUUAUGUUUAGACGACCAGGAGUCGAAAAAUACGUGGUUAACGGAAGACAUUUCGAAACUGAAAUUAGAUUUGGAGUCUGAAAAUGCUGAAAACACGAGCAGUUCCAACAAGUCGUCAAAUUCAGGUGCUUCAAAUAACCUAAAUUUACCUUUAGAAGAACUUAACUCGACUUUAAAUGAAGAUACUAAUGAUAAAACAGAAAAGGAGUUUUCUGAUAAAGGUCAAAGCCAACAAAUAACUUCAUUAAAAAAUUAUAGGCAUAAAUCUAGUCACAAACCUACUUCGGUUUCGGCUACUAUUUCGAAUAUAAAUUCACAAUCCAUCGAACUCGAAAAAACUGCUUCAAGCACGAACGAUCCUGGUAACAUGUUUCAACCAUCUUCAAGUGAAACUUCUAAAGAUGAUGAUAACAAAUCAAUAACUGACAAGCCAGAAGUGAGCUUCUUUAAUAGCAAUAUUGACUUGUCGGAUAAGUCUGAUCGAUCAUUAGAACCUACUCCAACGUUGGACACUAAUUAUCCCAAGAUGCAGAUUGAUAAUGCUAAAUCUUUAGAUAAUGUAGAUGAUAAGAAAAAGGCAGAUCUUCUAGGAGUUGGUAAUCAAAAUUUUUCAGCACCAUUUUCAUAUGAGAAGAACAAUAUGAUCCAAGAAUCUCAAGAGGAAACGGCAGGUGGAGACAGGGUACAAGAAGCAAUACCGCAACAGAUUCAUCACUUUCCAUCAUAUGGACAUUCGGAACCGAAUGUUGCACCGGCUCAGUCAUAUGCGGCACCAUAUGCAGGUUACUCUUACCCGACAAAUGCAGUACCUCCUUAUGACAUGUACGCUCCCCACUCAUCACAAUAUCACGACCCUGCCUAUUCCGGAUUGUUCCACGGGCACAGUGCUUUCCAUCGACCCGAACCCAUUUCCAUUCCUCCCGGUCAAGAAAUAAAUUCACCCUCGAAUUUUCACCAACAAUUAGCUCCAUAUCAAUUACCACCUGGUCCGCCUAAGCCAGUGUCUUACCCGCCACUGAAUUCCCAAACAUAUCCCCAACAAAUUCAAAAUUAUCCUCCGCAACCUCCAAUUCCUACCGAUCCGCAGUCUACGUCGCAAAAGGUGGCAUCGGUUCACAUGCAGGCGCAAGCUGCACCACCCGCAACAUCACAGAUGCCUCCUGGUCACCUCUCGCCUAAUUCUCAGAUACCUCCAGCCCAGAUGGCGCCUGCCCAAUUGGAACCUCAACCUUAUCCGAAUCAGAACUCGAUACCGAAUUACCAACUCAAUGUACCAGCGAACGGCUAUGGGAACUACGGCAACCAGCCUAUUUAUAGUCAAUUCUCUGGAAACUAUCCCAAUCCGAACCCGCAAUCCAUAUAUAAUUCCAGAAUUUAUCCAACGAUGGAAUAUGGAACAACUAAUUUCUCAACUGGGUAUGGUUCUUCUUACCCAGGCCAACAAGCUAACAAUCAAUGGGCGCAGUAAUUAAAUGUAGCAUUUUUUACUUAUAAUAGAGAAAUAAAUAAAUAUGAU